UUUCAUUUCUAUACUUGAUAAAAGAAAAAAUAUAAAGAAAGAGAAGUCAAGAAAAGACUAAAGUCUUUUUAUUUUAUUUUAUUUUAUUUUACUUCAUCCUAUUUCAUUACAUAAUUGUAUCAUGGAAACCCCUAAACUUAAACAUGUAAAGAAUACAUUUACUCCUUUUAAUCGGUUACAUUCAUUAAAUCAACAGAACAUGUUUAUAAAUGAGCCAAGUGACCCAAGGAUAAGAGAAGAGCAUCAUGAAAUGAAAUGGCAAUAUAGUGGGAAUAGAGAUGAUUUUUAUAGUAUUUCUUCAGAUCCUAUACGUCAACGAGAAUAUUCUGCAGAAGAAAAGGCGCUGGUUCGUAAAAUUGAUUUAAUGGUUUUACCAAUCAUUUGUACCCUGGAUUUUUUACAAUUUCUAGAUAAAUCAACCAUAAAUUACGCUGCUUUAAUGACAUUUAAAACUGAUCUUCAUUUAGAAGGCAAUCAAUUUAGUUUACUGGGGUCUAUAUUUUACUUAGGCUAUCUCGUAUUUCAGUUACCAAACAACUUUUUACUGCAACGAAUACCCGUCGGCAAAUAUAUCGGUGUAAUUGUUUGCUUAUGGGGUACUGUAUUACUUUGCACUGCAUUCGGUACGAACUUUUCCCAAAUAGCUGCCUUACGUUUCUUACUUGGAUUUUUUGAAGCCGGGAUUUAUCCUUCCUUAACUCUUUUGGUCAGUACGUUUUAUCGAAGAUCUGAGCAGGUAGCUCGGCUUGGUGCUUUCUGGAUAUUCAAUGGAUUUGCUUUAUUUGCUGGUGGCCUAAUUGCUUAUGGCAUUGGCCAUAUGAAAAAUAUUGGGGGAUUAAAAGAAUGGCAAUGGAUUAUGAUUAUUUUGGGUGGCACAACUAUUUUGAUUGGUGUCAUAUCUUUUUUCUUUUUGAUUGAUUCACCUAAAGCACGAGCGCUCAAAUUAAAUGCCGAACAAGAAAUUUUGAUUGAAGAGAGGACAAGAGAUAACGCUACAGUUCGUACAACAGAAAUUAAAAAAGAGCAAAUUUGGGAAGCAGUUAAAGAAAUACGUUUUUGGUGUUUUGGAUUAGCUUGUUUAUUAAUAAAUCUUCAAAAUGGUGCUAUGACCAUCUAUAAUGGACAAAUUACAGCUAGCUUUGGAUUUGAUCAAUUACAAUCAAUGUUACUCAGUGCAGGAGCAGGCGGCUCUACAAUUUUAUUUAUCGCUCUAGGUGUAUUUUUCGUACAAAAGACGAACCAGACCAUAUAUACUGCAUGUGGUUUAAUGACAGCCAAUAUUGUAGGCAUGAUCCUUCUAUUAGUUAUCCCUGUCACAAAAGUCAAAUUGCUUGGGUUUUAUACGGCUUGGUCUUAUUGUAGUGUCUACGUACUUCUUAUCACCUCUAUCUCAAAUAAUGUAUCUGGAUACACAAAGAAGAUCUUUUAUAAUGGUGUGCUUAUGGUUUUUUAUACAAUUGGUAAUUUUGUAGGUCCACUUAUGAUGGUAGCGCCACCUUAUGUCGCUGGUAUGGUAGGUUAUCUGUGUGCCAAUUGUGUAGUCAUUUUCCUUUUGUUGAUUGCUCGUUAUAGAAUGCUUUUGGUUAAUCGACGUCGUCUUUUAUUACUGACCCAUUUAUCUAGUUCGAGUUCGACUGCUGCUGCAAAUACUUUUAUCCAGGAUGAUAUUAGUGACGGACAAGAUCAAAACUUUAUUUAUUUGUUAUAAUAUUUCCUAUUUCAAACAUAUUCAAUAUAUACAUACAUUAAAAGUCUUAUAUGAGGCUGUAAAGACAGUAAAUAUCAAUAAUAAUAAUAAUAAUAAUAAUAAUAAUAA